AUGGAAGGACCAUUACAUAUCGAUUUGUUUCAACAACCCAAGUUACUCAUCAAUGGAGUCGCUGUAGGCAUUAAACUACAUCUUAACCGCGACGCCUUCACAUUAAUCACUGACAGCCCGUCUCCUGACUAUCGCGUAAAAAUAGCGGACGCUCAUUUCAAACUCUGUAUUCAGCGGAUGAAAAGUGACGUAUUAGUAGCGCACGAUAAUCUCAUUCAAGACAUGUCAGCCAUUUACCCUUACCUACGCACAGAGAUCAAGACAACGUCCAUUGCUUCGGGUCAAUUUAGUUACAGCGCUGACGAUAUAUUUCAAGGACUGGUUCCAUGUAAACUGAUAGUAGGCCUGGUUCCUAGUGCGGCAUUUAAUGGCGAUUACGCGCACAACCCAUUCAACUUCAAGCAUUAUAACUGUAGUUCCAUAGGCCUAUACGUCGAUGGACAAUCGGUGCCUUCACAACCGAUGCAACCAAAUUAUUCGGCGGAUCAAUACACGGAGUGUUACAGAACAUUGACUCUGUUUAGGAACGACAUUAACAUUUCAAACAAAGAUUAUAAGAAGGGAUAUUGUCUGUACGUUAUUGAUGUAGAUCCUUACUACUCGUUUAGCACUAAAAGGAAGGGACAUUGUCGACUAGAAAUCAAAUUUGCUGAGGCAUUACCAGAGAGUGUGACACUGAUUAUGUACGCCACCUUCCCGGAAGUACUGCAUAUCAACAGUGCCAGGGGCGUCUAUUUCAAAUGA